AUGGACAAUCUUCCCAACAGCGUCAUCCUCCAGGCCGUCAAUCUCUUCAUCAGCACCUUUCCCGAGCUUGCAAUCUUGCAUCUUCCCACGUUCGUCGCAGAGCUCCGCGGGCAGCGCGGCCCUGAAAGCAACGUCUUGCUCGGCGCAGUCUUGGCCGUGGCCAAGGCGCAGUUGGAGGUGCAAGGCGCCUCGUGGGCGGGCGAGUUAUUGUCGCGGGAGCACUAUGCCCUGUAUACCAAGGAGGUCUUGUCCGACCUCAUGUUGAGGCCGCCCAAAGUCCAGGUUGUCCAGGCCUUGUUGAUCAUCACUCUUCAUGAAUGGGGCACCAGAGACUUUCACAAGGCAUGGGUGUAUUGUGGAAUUGCGAUUCGAAUCAUGCAAGCAUUGCACAGCCUGCGAGUCGCACCCUACCCGCUCGACAUAGCGUCCGAGCGACGGCACGACGCUGUUUCGCUGGCCGUGGAAACCAGGACCUAUUGGGCGUGCUUCAUCAUGGACUGCAUGGUCAACUCGGGCACCUAUACACCUCCCAUGCUUCCCAUGUCGGAAAUGCAGAAGAUGAAGAUUGCUCGGCCGUUGAGCGCCGUCGAGUUUGCCUUUGGGCCAGACGCACCUCCGCAAUCUGUGGGUGGCCAUCACUCGCUGGCGGGCCAGUCGACCGGCGUGCUCGACGUGACGCAGAGCUUCGAGAUACUAGUGGGCGGUUUCGACAUCUGGGCCCAGGUAAUGACCUUCAUCUUCAACGACGGACGCCGGGCACCGGGCAUGUGCGCACCCCAGAACUGCCCCUGGGUCCCGGCGUCGCCCUGGUCACAAUCCCGAAGCCAGCUCGAGGCCUGGAGGGCAGGCCAGCAUCGGAAGCUCCAUUACCCCAGCAACUCGGUGGCCGUCCACAUGACGCUCGGCUUCGGCGAGACGUUCGUCUACCUCAAUCUCCUGUACUACGUGAGCACCCUCAUGCUUCACCGCGAGUACUUCCCCUUCCUGCCGACCCCGGAGUCGGAGCCACGGGGUCCAGUCGACCAGCCCAUGCUGGGGGCGCCCGCCCCCGAGGGCUGGUGGGACGACAGCUCCCGACUCCUCUUCGGCGCGGCAGAGCACAUCGCCGCCAUUCUACACGAGGCCUCCGAGUGUGGCGUGCAUCUCAUGACGCCCUUUGCCGGGUUCUGCGCAUUCUCAGCCGGCUACCUCAACCUCUACGUGGCGAAAUACCCCCGAAUGAACCUGGGCCGCAGCCCGCGAGCAAGCGACUGUCUCAAAAUGUGUCUCGACUACCUGGAAAAGUUUCGACUUGUCUGGAAAAUCGCCGACGGAUGGGGCGGCACGCGCAAGAUCAAAACGAUACACCAUGCAUCCGUGCUCUACGAGCGAGCAACCGAGGACCGGACACGAUACCAGGGGCGCACACGAGCAGACUUUGAUACUCUACACCAGUCUGUCCACGAGUUCCGUGUCGUGGAUAGAUCCGACGCGCAUACUCGGGAGAUUCGGGGCGCGGAGCGGCCCUCGGCGCAGGCGACUUGGCCGGUUCAAGGGCACGAGCACGAGCACGAGCACGAGCACGAGCACGAGCUCGACACUAAUACCUUGUUGAACCAGCUUUUCGCGGAAGUCAGCAAUAACCUCGACGAGCAGGGGGCCUGGUCUCAAUGGUGGCCGGCGAUUGAUCAGGUGGAUCUUUAA